AUGGCGCCCCUCAUCAACCACCUCUACACGGCCGACCCCUCGGCCCACGUCUUCAACGGCAAGAUCUACAUCUAUCCUUCUCACGACCGGGAGACCGAUAUCAAGUUCAACGAUAAUGGCGACCAAUACGAUAUGGCCGACUACCAUGUCUUCAGCACGUCCUCGUUGGACCCUCUGGAGCCAGUCGUCGACCACGGCGUCGUCCUGAAGACCGAAGACGUUCCCUGGGUCUCCAAGCAGCUCUGGGCCCCUGACGCCGCUUUCAAGGACGGAAAAUACUACCUUUACUUCCCGGCCCGGGAUAAGCAGGACGUCUUCCGCAUCGGCGUCGCCGUCUCAGACAAGCCCGAGGGUCCCUUCAAAGCCGAUCCCGAGCCCAUCAAGGGUAGCUACAGCAUCGACCCGGCCAGCUUCGUCGACGACGACGGUCAGGGGUACCUCUACUUUGGAGGAUUGUGGGGUGGACAGCUGCAAUGCUACCAGAAGGGCAACGACGUGUUUGAUGCCGAAUGGCUUGGUGCUAAGGAGCCCACCGGAGAGGGAGUAUACGCGCUUGGCCCCCGCGUAGCCAAGCUCUCCGAUGACAUGCACCAAUUCGAUGGUGAGGUGCAGGAGAUUCUCAUUCUUGACCCCGAAACCAAGAAGCCUAUCCCGGCGGACGACCACGACCGCCGCUUCUUCGAGGCCGCUUGGCUGCACAAGAGGGACAACGUCUAUUACUUCUCUUACUCCACCGGUGACACCCACUACCUCUGCUACGCAACAAGCGACAGCCCCCUGGGACCGUUCACAUACGGCGGCCGCAUCUUGGAACCUGUUCUGGGAUGGACGACACACCACUCCAUUGUCGAGUUCAAGGGCCAGUGGUGGCUGUUCCACCACGACUGCGAACUGAGCAAUGGCGUGGAUCACCUUCGAUCCGUCAAGGUGAAGGAGAUCUUCUACGACGGAGAUGGCAAGAUCACGACAGCAAAGCCGCAGUAG